AAGCAGGAAGAAAUAAACGUGACGUACUUCCGGUGUCAUGGCAGCCUCUGAUUGAAGCCGCGUGUCCAACUUCUCUCAAGAUGACGGACGUCGUGCAAGAAAAGGGCCACGGCUUGAGGUUUGCCGAGCAGCAACUGAAGCGUCAUGGCUGGAAGCAUGGCAAAGGACUGGGUCGGGACGAAAACGGCAUAUCCGAAGCCAUCAAGGUCAAAGUCAAAUGCAACAAAGGCGGGGUGGGCCACAAAGAAGGAGAGCAGUUCACAUUCCAGUGGUGGGAUCACGUCUUCAAUAAAGCCUCGUCCAGCCUGCAAGUGGAAACUCAUCAGGACGGCAUUUCGCUGAAGAAGACGCCCGAAGACGGGGAAGACGAUGACGACCGCAGUGGGAUUUCUAACAAGAAACCACGGAAAGCUGCCCUAGCCAAAGCGAAACUUUACGGAUGCUUCGUCAAGUCGGCCACUUUGCUGUCCGGUCACGAGCGCCCGGAACCAACAAGCGACAGCAGCUCAGACCAGGAAGAUGAUCAGAAACUGGAUUUGUCCUCCGUAACUAAGAUUUCUGACUCUGACCUGAUGAAGGCUUGCGGUGGACGCACUGCCCACAAGGGAGCCAGACACGGCUUGAAUAUGAGCGCCAAGCUGGCCCGGCUGGAGCAGCAGGAGGCUGAAUUCAUGGCCAAAUACGCCAACAAGACUGAAGACGAGCGUAAAAGCAAGACGAAGAAGACUGAAAACGUCCCCGACAUUUCUCAACCCGCCGACCUCUACGUAAAGAAAAAGAAAAGGAGCCGUGACGGGGAAGCUGAACACAAACGCAAAAAGGAGAAGAAAAAUGGUGGCGAAACGGUAGAAGAGCAGAACGACUACGUGGAAUCGGAGGUGAUUGUUUCUGAAAAAGUCAAGAGGAAAAGAGACUCCAAAAUUGGUGAGAACGCAGAAAAAACGUCAAAGAAAAAGAAGAAAAAGUCACUCUCGUGUAGCGACUGAAGACUUUGUGUCAUGACUGACUCAUUAGAUAAUCGACCAAUCACCAAAAAAAAUUGAAAUAUGAAUUUCAUGUGCAAAUGAUUGACCUCGGAAGUGAUUUUAACAGUGAAUGACAAAGCGAAAAAAUGGCCAAACCUAAUUUUGACUUUUUUUUUCAAGCUGGAAAAUAAAAGAUUUUAAAAUGUGCAUUCAUUAUCACAAG